GAUCCCGUUGCGCGAGCCAUCCGUUCUGCCUCACCCCACUUCCUCUUCAUGUACACGAUCGCCCCCUUCCCCCUCCCGUAAUUCAUUCAAUCUGUUGUUGCCGCAGCGGAGUAGUUGCAGUUUUGCUUGACCCAUUCCUCGGCACCGCAAAUCCCCGACUUGUGUUGUUAGCCAUGGCGUGUGCGGCGUGCGUGUCGUCUGGACUGGUCGUAAAGAGCUCUACCUCUCUCGCUUCGGCCAAGAGCGCCAUCAAUGGCGCCUCCGUGACUGUGGCUGCCCCCCGCGUGGCCCCCGUUGCCGUCCGCAGCCUUGUAGUGCGCGCUUCUAAGGGUGAGGAGGGUGAGACCUUUAGCCGUCGCGCUGCGCUUGCCCUCGUCGCUGGCGUCCUUGCUGCCGGUGCCAAGGUUGGGUCUGCCAAUGCCGCCUACGGAGAGAGCGCCAAUGUCUUCGGUGCUCCCAAGAUUUCCACCGGGUUCACCCCCUUCGCUGGAAACGGUUUUACUCUGGAUGUUCCCUCCAAAUGGAACCCAAGCAAGGAGCAGGAAUUCCCCGGGACUGUUGUGAGAUUCGAAGAUAACUUCGAUGCCACCAACAACCUCUUCGUGUCUAUUACCCCUGCCACGAAGGGAUCCAUCACCGAAUACGGCCCACCUGAGAAAUUCUUGGAUGAGGUAUCAUUCCUCUUCGGGAAGCAAGCUUAUUCAGGAAAGACUGCCUCUGAGGGUGGUUUCGUUAACAACGCUGUUGCUACUGCCGCUGUCCUUGAGGCCAACUCUGUGGACAUCAACGGAAGGCCCUACUACAAGCUCAGCGUCCUGACCCGCACAGCCGACGGAGAUGAAGGAGGCAAGCACCAGCUGAUCGCUGCGACAGUGAAAGACGGCCAGCUUUACCUCUUCAAGGCUCAAGCUGGUGACAAGAGGUGGUUCAAGGGUGUGAAGAAGUUCGUUGAGGGAGCCUGGAACACCUUCAACGUCGCCUAGACUGCUAUUACUUCUUGCCGUCGUUACACGACCAUCGAUAAAUUCUGUACUGUAACCAAUCAACGGAGAUCGAAACGUCUUGGAAUGGGCUGAUGGUCGUGAUGUGUAGUGGCUUAUGACUCUGAUCCUUUGUGGAUCCCUUGCUUGGGUCCCUAACUUGGGUGAGGAGGAGGCAUCUUAAUGGGCUGAGAUUUUUAUGGGUAGUAGCCGCUUAGAUUCUAAUGAUUUGCCGAUAUAUCCUCGUCUGCAUUUCUGCUGGCGAGUAGAUCCGUAUUAAUCACCAAUCGUAAUAACGAAAUUUUGAACGUGA